UUCAAUUCUGCAGAGGUACAGGAUGUGUUCGAUCUGUUCGAUUUCUGGGAUGGCAGAGACGGAUUGAUCGAUGCUGUUAAAGUUGGAGACUUACUUCGUUGUGUGGGUCUCAAUCCCACACAGGAAUUGGCCAGGAGACAUGGCGGCACCAAAAAAGCAGGAGAGAAGCAGUUGACGUAUGCCGAGUUCUUGGCCUGCUUCGAAUCGGUGAAAAAGGAAACAGACACUGGCACAUUUAAGGAUUUCAUGGAAGCCUUCAAGAGUCACGACCGAGAAGGAUUAGGUUACGUUUCGGUUGCCGAACUUCGUCAGAUUCUAACAACAAGUGGUGAAAGACUUUCAGAUCGUGAGGUGAAUGAAAUCUUCCAGUUUACAGAAUUACGAGAAAAUAUUGACGGCAACGUGAAAUAUGAAGAUUUUAUCAACGGAGUCCUGUCUGGAGGAAAGUCCUAGACUCACAGACCCUCACAACCAUCACUUACCAUUUCCCUUUUUGGCGUGUUUUAUUUAAUUUAUUUUUCGCAAAAAUACCAACACAAAAUUUCAGCUUCCUUGAUUUACACACAGAGAAUCAAAACAGAAUAUAUAAAAAGACAAUAACAAAAAAAAAAGAAAAAAAAAACACAACGAAAAUACAACACAAAGAAAACUCGGGAAGCUAAUAUAUUUUGUUGAAAUUGAAAUGCAUUUAAUUAUCUUAAUUAAUGUUUUGUUAAUUAGUUAAUGAAUCUUUGGAAUCUUCAACGUAUUUGUUAAAAUGGACAGGAAAUAUACUUAAAGGAAAAACGUUGAUCCCUCACAGAUUCCUGAAUAUGAGGAGUCACGAAAAUAUGGAAUUAUUUUAAAUAUUGUAAACCUAUUUAAGAUUUCAAAUACUACACUUUUAAUAAGUUUUGAUAUCUAUUUUUAUAUAAAGUAUAAGUUAGAUUUUUAUAUAAAACGUUACUAAUCCUGUAAAUGAACAUUCGAAAAGAAUAAAAGGAAAAACUUUUGAGCGCUAAAAUCAAACCUACCGAUACGCAUGAACGCACACACACGCAUGCACACACCUAAACUUGCAACACAACAAUAAAAAUCAAUGCAUUUCUGAAGAACUUAAAGACUAUGUAUGAAGAUGCUGGUAACAAAUGGUUAUUUUGAGCCGAACGGAAGCGACUAAGAACGGAAAAGAACGGAAACAUUACAAGAAUGUAUAAUGUGGAGUAAAAACCUAUUUUAAAGGUGAAAUAAAUUAUUUGAAGCUCA